AAAAUGUCAGCCCUAGACCUAAUACAGAAGAGAUCGGAAAAGAAAUUAGUGAAACAGACAAUGAAAAUAAUCGUCCCAAUCAACCUGACCCUCCCAAACAGCAAGAGAAAGGCAAUGAUGCUGAAAAUAUCCCCUCCCCUCUCCUGAUGAUGCCCUUGUCUUGUGAGGAGAGGAGCUUCGUCCUGGAACAUGGCAUUUUUCUGGUGAGAAACUAUGAGAAGAUGAGAGACAGACAGUCAUUGCUCCUGAGGGAGGAGGUGACAGAGCGAGAGGAAGAAAACAAAGAAGAUGGAGGGAACAGCCAGAAAGGGGAUCUCGAAGACACCAGCACUAAGUCAGGUCCAGCAGUGUGUAUAGCUGUAAAAUACCAGUGCCUGACUCACUCGAGCCCACAGUCUGAAAACAGAGAGGGAGACGAGGAGGGGAGAAGUGUACAGAGUAGAAACCUCACGCAAACACUCCAGGGGAUCUAUGACGUCAUUGUCAGUCACAAGGGGUCAUCUGGACAAACCCUCGCCGCUCCCCUGCUGAACCUGUGCUCCAGAAAGAGAUCAGCCUCGGCUCCUGUGGAUCUCAGUACGCUGCAGAAGCAGCUCCUCUCAGGCUACUAUGAGAGUCUGGACAGCUUUCAUUUAGACAUGCUGAAGGUGUUCCACUGCGCCGAGAAAUACUACGGUUGUGAGUCGUCGGUGGGUCGUGACGUGAGGCAGCUGAGGGAAGUGUACCACAGUGCUCAUCAGGAGGCCUUAACUCAGACCGGCAGUUUCCUGUGAGUGACAGAAAACCGCAUCAGCGACCUCUAUCAGGGUGUUGCUGUGACCAAACCCAGAGGCAUGAUGGGCCUUCCAGAAGGCAGAUAAUGCUCUUCAACACCAAAGACCUGCUGUAUGUUGCACUCACAGAUACACUGCACAGGUUAAGACAGCACUCCUGGAAAUGCCAUUUGUGAGCAUGGACACGGCUGAUGCUUCACAACAUGAUUAGUUGAAAGCAGCUCAGCCUUUCUCUCUCUCAGGGAAAAGAAAGUCAAGUGAAGGAACGGGAGACAUAACACAAAUCAACAUCUGAGACUCCAGAUGAUUUCAUAUACCGGAACAACAUGCAUUUCUUUCAUUUCGAGAUGUAACACUGAACAUAAACAUGUUGAAUGGGAUGCCAUGCGAACAGGACGUGGUUCUGUUUCAUCUUAAAGGAAUGAACAUCCACAGACUGGUUUAAAUCAUUCAACACACUACAUCAGCAUACCUGCAAGAAGAUGGACUUCACUGCUCUUAAGAGGCUUCGCUGACUGAACAGUUUUGUGUGAUGUGAACAGAUUUGUGGUCUACAGACUUUUAGUGUUUUGUGUUGAAGGUUAUACCUAUAAAGUAAGCAAUAAUGCAUGAAAGGUUCAAUAACACAGCCUUAAUGUGAGCAAAUGUGUGUUUAUAGUCAUUUUAGACCAGUAAUUUUUAUUUUAAAGGGAUUGACGACCACUUUGUCCAGAGCUGUCUUGUGCUAGUGAUGUUUUGUAAUACAUUGAUUUGAAGCAGUAAUCUUUAUAGCUUUGAGACUCAGAAAUAUUUUAUACCUUGUACAGUAUAUUGUAAAUAAUGUAUAUUUAGCUAAGUUAUGUUUUUGAAUGGUUCAAGAAACUCUGUUUACAGUCCUAAAUUGUUGUAGGAAUUGCCCUGUUUUCCAUUGAUUCUUUAAUAAUAUUUUUAUUGGUGUCUCGAUGCAUGUGUAAUUUGAAACAGGACAUUUAAUGUCUGUAAAACAUCAGAUUUUCAUAUUCUUCUUUAUGCAUGGCAUACUUUAUGUUGCUUAAUAAUGUAAAAUAGCUGUGUAUACAUAUGCAACAAAUUAUUAUGUCUAUGCUGAACUAAGAAAAUAAUCGCUGGAAGCUUAUUAAAAAGCAGAAUAAAUGAAUUAACCCAG